AUGAUCAGGUGUGCUGUGCGACCAACGAGGUCUGCGGCACGAAUGCCAACAAUGAGGCAAUAUGCUUGCCCUCUAAUGGGCCAAAUGAACCGAGCUGUCCCCUGUCCACAACUGUUUAUACGACCACCAGCUCGUACGAGAGCACGGUCCUGGAGACCAUCACGAUAG